GCUUGAAUUUUGGAGGUCCUUUCUUGGGCGUGGUGGGUCCCGCUGUGCUUGCUGGCGUGGCCAGAGCGCUUCCUGCUGGAGGAGCAGAGUUCAUGUCUGUGCUCUCCUGAGAGCUGAAGCAGCAGUCGUCAUGCGUUUCAUUCUUCGCUCUUUGUUACUGUGGGCUUCUCUACUUCUCUGUGCGUGCUAUGAUUCUCAAGAGAGCCGUGAGUCAUUUGAGGAUGUGUUUUUGAAUCCGUAUCGAGCGAAUGCUUUCAUGAGUGGCCCACAAGACAGAAUGUACAACCCGUACAUCUACAGGAGAGUAAAAUCCCCAUCUGAGCGCAGGGCAGAGAUUUGUGAAGAUUAUUCACCCUGUCGACUGUUAGCUCAUCGCUACGGUUUUCAGCUGGCCUAUCGAAGAUAUUUCGGUGGUCCGCAACCCAACACUAACCACCGGCAGAGUUACCCUAACCUGCGUCCAUACUGAGUCCUGCCUUCAAAUUGACAGAUAACACAUUUACAUAUUAGUUCAUCUUAUUUACAUCAUUUCUUCUGUGUUGCUAUUUACAUGUGCUUCCUCAUUAAAUUCCCAGUCAAUCCACAUAUUUACUUACUUCUGCCUUUCAUUUUAAUGUUUAAUAGCAGUUAUUCAUGAGUUGAUUAAUCUGUAUUUGUUUUGACAUAAGUUCAGUGGUCACACUGUCUCUUUGUUACAGGUAAUAUGAUUUUUGCUGUUUUGAAUAGCAGUUGUUGUUAGUAUAAAACUUUUUAACACAAUUAAAGUAUUGCACCUUC